CCCUAACCACGCGGCAGUGACGAAAUUCUCAAUGAAUAAUGUCGAGCUCUGCACCAGCUCAUCAAGUCUCUCAGUCCGCGGGAGCAGGUGACAGAAACUGCUGGACCAACCGAGCGAUACUCUAUCGUUCGUCCCCACGAAAGCGAUAAACGCUCAUCUUCCUUUGGAAAUAGUGCGAUUUGGGAAAAGUCUGUCCGGUCGGUAAUGUCUUUGGAGGACCGCUGUGAGGCUUCAGCAUGAAAUCCUUCAAAUAUCCUUCAAACACUCUUUUGGAAUUAACCGUCAUUUUCCUUUUCAUUCAAAACUCCAGGGUGGAAACCGAAGCAGCACCCAUGAUGGCUAGCAGGGCGGUGGCAGAUGGUUGCCCUCUUGGCCAGUUCCCUUGUGGGAACAUGAGCGUGUGUUUGCCGCAGGUCCUUCAGUGUAAUGGCCACAGAGACUGCAAAAACGGAGCAGAUGAGGAACACUGCGGGGACAACAGCGGAUGGGCGGAUAUUUUUGAUCGCACCAUAAAAAAGGCAGAGCCACAGGACCUUCCUAAUGACUGCUUUCUGAAGCAGUACCCAGAGAGAUGUGAUUGCAUUAAGACAGAGGUGGAAUGUGUGGACAAGAACCUGCAUGUCGUACCCGUCUUCUCCUCCAAUGUGACUUGGUUGUCUCUGAAGAACAAUAGGAUUAGGAUUUUGGAUGAUCACAUCUUCUCCAAAUAUACACAACUGCAGAGACUGUUUCUUCAGAACAACACAAUUCAGAUGGUCUCAAGCCAUGCCUUCAGUGGACUAUUCACUCUGGAAAAAUUGUUUCUGAGCCAAAACCACAUAACCUAUUUAGGUCCGGGUGUAUUCAGAGAUCUGCACAAAUUAGACUGGCUAGUCUUGGAUCACAAUCCACUUAAAAGUAUCACCCGUGAUGCGUUCAUCGGUUUGAGGUUGCUGACAUUUCUGUCUAUGGUGAACACGUCCUUGAUGUGGCUGCCCAACUCGAGUCUCUGUCAGCACAUGCCCUUGCUCAGCUGGCUGGACUUUGCUGAGAACCACGUUGAGUUGCUGAAUAUUUCCACUCUGAUGACAUGCACCGAGCUCACAGUGCUAUCACUGCAUGACAAUAAAAUCAAGAUCCUUCCAGAAAGCACGUUUCAUUCUCUUGGAUCUUUGGUUGAACUAGAUUUGUCUUGCAACAGACUUUCCGACCUUCCUAAAAACACUUUCAAGAGUUUAAAAUAUCUGCAGAAACUGAACAUAUCCCACAAUCCUGCUCUCCAUAUUCAUGCCAGUCACUUCAAUCACCUGGUCCAACUGGAGUCUCUAAGUCUGGAGGGCAUUGAAAUUCCUGAUAUAACCACCAAGAUGUUUCUUCCCAUGGGAAACCUGUCCCACAUAUAUUUUAAGGAUUUUCAGUACUGUUCCUAUGCCCCACAUGUUCGGAAAUGUAAACCUAACACCGAUGGGAUUUCAUCAGUUGAAGACCUGUUAGCCAGCCUGGUUCUGCGGGUGUCCGUCUGGGUGAUGGCCUUCAUCACCUGCUUUGGGAAUCUCUUUGUCAUCGGAAUGCGUUCCUUCAUUAGAGCGGAGAACAACCUGCAUGCAGCCUGCAUCAAAGUCCUGUGUUUUGCUGACUGUCUGAUGGGAGUCUAUCUCUUCUUCCUGGGGAUAUUCGAUGUGAAAUUUCGUGGCGAAUAUAACCGGAACGCUCUUAUCUGGAUGGACAGUGUGGAAUGCCGAACAAUUGGCUUUCUUGCCAUGCUCUCCUCUGAAGUAUCUGUUCUCCUCCUCACCUACUUGACGCUAGAGAAAUUCCUUGUCAUUGUUUUCCCUUUUAGCCAUCUGCGGCCUGAGAAGCUGCAGACGGUGUUGGUUCUGGCCUUCAUCUGGGUUCUGGGAUUUGUCAUAGCAGCUGUUCCCCUGCUAAAUGAAGACCUGUUUGGGAACUAUUAUGGGCGAAAUGGAGUUUGUUUCCCUCUGCACUCUGAUAGACUGGAAAAACCAACAGCCAAAGGAUACUCCACAGGGAUAUUUCUUGGUCUUAAUCUGGUGGCGUUCUUGGUGAUUGUCGUUUCUUACUCCAGUAUGUUCUGUUCCAUUUAUAAAACUGGCAUCAAUGCCACAGAUGUGCGCAGUCGGCUGCACAAAGAUGUGGCUGUGGCCAACCGCUUUUUCUUUAUUGUGUUCUCUGACGCCCUCUGCUGGAUACCCAUAUUUUUGGUCAAAACACUCUCUCUUCUAAAAGUUGAGAUUCCAGGGACGAUAAACUCCUGGGUGGUGAUCUUCAUUCUUCCUAUUAACAGUGCCCUUAACCCCAUCCUCUACACCCUGACCACCAGCUUCUUCAGAGAGCAGGUGGAGCUUCUCCUUUGCCGCUGGCAGCGACGCUCCACGUCAAAGAAAGAACGCAAGAGUCUCACCAGCUCCACCAUCUACAUGGACCCCUCUCGAAAUGCAGAAUACCCUGCAAAAAUUUCCGUGCCACGUCUGUCUUUGACAGACAUGGAUAACCAAUAUGGGUGAAAGAGCCAGUGAGUAAAAGGGAUCAAUCAUAGUGUUGAACUAUCAUAAUCAUUAUCUAUGUUAAGAAAGGAGAAUGACAGUCUUUCCUGGAACAAUUUAAGUAAAAGGAUGGCACUUGAUUCCUGCUGUUUUUGUUCUAAUAUGGAGUGCUCUUUUUAGACAC